AUGGUGCACGCCGCAACGGCCGAGCGCUUCAGCAGUGUGUUCGCCUCCUUCGACCGCGACGCCGAUGGCAGGAUCUCGGUAGCGGAGCUGCGGCUGUGCAUGAAGGCGGUGGUGGGCAAGGAUGUGUAUGCACAGGAUGCCGAGGUGCUCGUGGCAUCGGCCGACGUUGAUAGAUACCGACUGCUGGACGAGCAGGAGUUCCUCCGACUGGUGCCGCGGCCGGAGACAGAAGAGGAGGAAGAGCGGUGCCGGGGACUGAGGGAGGCAUUCGCGAUGUACGAGGUGAAGGGCAAAGGGUGUAUCACGCGAGCGAGUCUGAUGCGAAUGCUCGCCAGGCUGGGGUCCGAGGAGGGCAUCGAGGAGUGCUGCGCCAGGAUCCGCAGGUUUGCUCUGAAUGGAGAUGGAGUAGUUGCAUUGAUGAGUUCAAGCCUUCAAGGUCAUGAUGGGUGUGUAGCAGUGUCUCCAUUGGUCACCAGUUUACUGAUCCUUUGUAUUUAG